UGACACACCCUCAGAGAUUAAACGCCGGGAAUCUCUUUGCAUCAACACAUUGUACAACACAUUUUAUUCACAGCAUACAAAAUCAUUCAUCUUAUCGUUACAGACAUGAAGUCCAGACUGAUUGUGGUGGUUGUGUUUGUCUGCGCUGUUUGUCAUUUGACUGAAGCCCAGCUGAUCUCAGAGCUGUUCACACUCAAUACCAACAUCACUAAUACCACAUGUCGCACCUCUAAGCUGUGUGUGUCGAGUGUAGCUGGUUGCGAUCCUGCAGGAAACCCCAGCUGUUAUUUCAGCUCUACUCAGUAUAGUAAUAGAGUACUGACUGUGGAAAUCUCCGGCCCGACUUCAGGAUACGUGGCGUUGGGACUCACUCCAACUUCCUUCAGCCAGCAACUCAUUCAGGGCACUCUUGUGUUUGUCUGCGGCAACUAUAAGACCAAUGCUUUCUUUGUAACAGCUAUUCAGGACGGCUCAUCAUUGACUCCUGCUAAUGUGUCUGCCAUAAAUGUAACUAGUUUACAGGGUAAGGUAACAAUGAACCUUAUUCAGUGUACCUUCAACGUCACACUCAGUUCCACCCUGCUCGAUCUCAUCCCCAUCAACAGCACUGUUCAGCUGCCUUUCAUCGUCACCAUACUUAAUGGAACCACAGACGGAACAACUCUGGGAAAUGCAACUACGGUUUUUAAUUCCACUGAAACUUUAGACCUGGCAAAUCCCAAAGGUAAUCCUCCAAUCAGUAGCACCAGCAACACAACUGUAUCGCUCAACAUCACUCGUAACGGUUGUAACAGCACUAAACUGUGUUUGUCGAGUGAGUCUAACUGCGAUCCUGCAGGAAACAGCAGCUGCUUUUUCACCUCAGUUCGACUGACAAACCAAACAUUCUUCUUUGAACUCAGCGGCACAACGUCUGGAUACGUCGCACUGGCACUCACUAACAAUUCAUCUACCAUUGUCUUUGUCUGUGGCAAUAACAACACUGGUGACAGUAGCAGUUUUUUCUUUGUAACGGCUUCUAGAAAUGGCACAAAUCUGAUCUUGGCAAAUGUGAACACUGUAUACAAUUAUGCAGGUGUAGUCACACAAAACCAGUCUCUCAUCCAGUGUGUUGUCAACACCAGCACCAGUUUCAGUUUCAACAUCAGCUCCAGAUCUGCUGAGACCAGCUAUCAAGUCACCAUCCUGAAUGGAACCACCAACGGAACUCAGCUGGGCCCUGCGACUGUAUCGUUCGACACCAAAACACCAUUAGACCUGUCCAUCCUGCCUCCAAACAGCAGCGCCGUAACCAUUGGCCUCUGCACUAAUGUGUUGGCUCUGCUGAUAAUCGCUCUGAUUCUUCACAUCAUAUAAAACCCAUGUGGUGGAGUUAUGGGCUGAUUAAACCCAUGUGUUUGUGUGUUUGUACGUCUCUAAUCAGCUUUACAAUUAAUAAUACUGUCAUUUAUUCUCCUACAGACAUUAAACAUUCACAAAUAAUAAUUUAAU